GAUACACUUAUAUGGGACUUCUUCAGUCUGUUGGUAUCUUUGGGUGGCAAAGUUACAGAUAUGAUUUUCCCUGGAUGUCUGCUGUUAUUGCUGACGCUCCGGAACAUCGGAGCGAAAUUUGUUCCAUCGAGUAUCAUAGAGAACAGAACUCCACAGAAGAAUGCAAGAGAUGAAAACUCCAAUAAUCUUUCAUAUCGAAACAACAGUGAUGUGAAUGUGAAGGGAUGGUUGAGUAUAUCCAUGAGCGACGUAAAACUACAGUGGGAGAGAGAGGGGGAGGCAGAUAAGGGGUAUUUGGUAGCUCUAGGAGCAGCGAGGUGGACGCUGAUGGCGGAUCAUCCGUGGUACACCCUAGCAGGACUCCGACCCAACUACAUCUACUCCGCUACUGUCAUACACUUGGACUCACAUGAAACCCACACCUUACACUUCUCCACUCCUACCCUUCUAGCAGAUGAAACUAAGAUGAGCACAAUGGAGGAAGCCAUGAUGAAAUCUUGUCCUGGUUCAGUCAAACUGGCUGAAGUUUCAUUUACAGUGAAACUUGAAGUUGAUGGGACCAACAAGGAAGGUCUCCUGUUGGAAAUUGUGGAUUCUUCUACCUCAAGACCUCUUCAGUGGAUGGACGUUCCUGCCAACUCAUCUAUUGCGUUUUUGUCAGGCCUUCCUCCAAACACCUUUCUGAAACUCACAUUGAAGCAAAUCAAAUCCUCCAAGCCAACGAUUUUUCAAGACAUUGCAUCCAAAACAAUCUACUCUGGAGGAUGUGUUCCGGUACCAUCGUCAAACUUCACAAGAACUUUGGAUCUGUUCUUUGAUCUUUUCCCAAGUAAAAUUGGUGGGAGUUACCAUCAUGUACUAUGCUAUGCUGAUGAUGAUGAUGUGUUUUCUGGUUUUCCUUGCCGUAACUCAGUCAUGUCAAUGUUUUGUUUAACAGUUGGUGGGAGUUACCAUCAUGUGCGAUGCUAUGCUGAUGAUGAUGAUGUGUUUUCUGGUUUUCCUUGCCGUAACUCAGUCAUGUCCAUGUUUUGUUUAACAGUUGGUGGGAGUUACCAUCAUGUGCGAUGCUAUGCUGAUGAUGAUGAUGUGUUUUCUGGUUUUCCUUGCCGUAACUCAGUCAUGUCAAUGUUUUGUUUAACAGUUGGUGGGAGUUACCAUCAUGUACGAUGCUAUGCUGAUGAUGAUGAUGUGUUUUCUGGUUUUCCUUGCCGUAACUCAGUCAUGUCAAUGUUUUGUUUAACAGUUGGUGGGAGUUACCAUCAUGUACGAUGCUAUGCUGAUGAUGAUGAUGUGUUUUCUGGUUUUCCUUGCCGUAACUCAGUCAUGUCCAUGUUUUGUUUAACAGUUGGUGGGAGUUACCAUCAUGUGCGAUGCUAUGCUGAUGAUGAUGAUGUGUUUUCUGGUUUUCCUUGCCGUAACUCAGUCAUGUCCAUGUUUUGUUUAACAGUUGGUGGGAGUUACCAUCAUGUGCGAUGCUAUGCUGAUGAUGAUGAUGUGUUUUCUGGUUUUCCUUGCCGUAACUCAGUCAUGUCAAUGUUUUGUUUAACAGUUGGUGGGAGUUACCAUCAUGUACGAUGCUAUGCUGAUGAUGAUGAUGUGUUUUCUGGUUUUCCUUGCCGUAACUCAGUCAUGUCAAUGUUUUGUUUAACAGUUGGUGGGAGUUACCAUCAUGUACGAUGCUAUGCUGAUGAUGAUGAUGUGUUUUCUGGUUUUCCUUGCCGUAACUCAGUCAUGUCCAUGUUUUGUUUAACAGUUGGUGGGAGUUACCAUCAUGUGCGAUACUAUGCUGAUGAUGAUGAUGUGUUUUCUGGUUUUCCUUGCCGUAACUCAGAUGUGUGUGUUCCUCUCAACUGGAUGUGUGACAAAGAUCAUGACUGUCCUGAUGGAGAUGAUGAACAUGACUGUGGUCUCACUGCUUAUCACAGCAACAGUUACUGCAGGAAAACUGAGUUCCGAUGUUUCCGCAGAAAGCAACAUGUCUGUCUUCCAAUCAGCUUCUUGUGUGAUGGUCGUAAAGACUGUACUGAUGGGUGGGACGAAGAUCCAAGGAAUUGCAGACACUACUACAACAAGCCUGGGGGUGUACAUUACCAGGGUGGCUCAUCAGGCUCCUGUCGCCCCUCGUACUUCCGCUGUCGCAACAACCGUGGCUGUGUUGCCCAAAAGUUUGUCUGUGAUGGAGAAGACGAUUGUGCUGAUGGAUCUGAUGAGUGGAACUGUGCUUCAGAAUAUGACUGUGACGAUUACAAAGAGUUCCAGUGCUUCCAGUCGUAUGGGAAGGAUCGCUGCAUCCCACGUGCAUGGAUGUGUGACGAUCAAGAUGAUUGCGCCCACGGAGAAGACGAGGACUUUGAUGUUUGCAGGAGAGUUUUGUAACCCUAUUAUUGAACUAAUACAAAUUGUAACUGUUCAAAGAUUUUAAAGAAUUAA